AUGGCUCCUCCAACAGGCACCCUCCACCUCGACGUCGAGGCCAUCUCGGGGAUAUGCGGUUCGAUAUCGAUCGCAUGCUGGGUCGUCGUCUUCUCGCCCCAGAUCAUCCAGCAGUUCCAGCAAGGCAACGCCAACGGCCUGUCGAUACAGUUCAUCAUCAUCUGGCUUCUCGGCGAUGUCUUUAAUAUUUUGGGCGCCGUCCUGCAGGGAGUGCUCCCCACCAUGGCGGCCGGCUGGAACCUCGUCGUCGUCGUCAUGGUCUGCGGCGCCGGCGUCCUCGGCUGGUUCCUCGGCGAAAGGGCGACGGCCGGCCACGACGGUCCCGACGACGGCGGCAACGACAGGCUCGAGUUCAACCUCCUGGGUCAGGUGUUUGGGUACCUGUGCACCGUCGCCUACAUCGCCUCCCGCCUGCCCCAGCUGAUCCUGAACUGGCGCCGCAAGACGACCGAGGGCUUGAGCAUGCUCUUCUUCCUCUUCGCCUGCCUCGGCAACCUCACCUACGUUCUUUCCAUCUUCGCCUACGACCCAAAGUGUGCGGGCCGCACUUGCGAACCGGGCGAAGGCGGUCGAAUCUACGGCCGCUACAUCCUCGUCAACCUGAGCUGGCUGACGGGGAGCUUGGUCACCCUGCUCAUGGACCUGGCCGUCUUUGUCCAGUAUUUCAUCUACAAGACCGAGGACCAGGAGGAGCAAGCUGACUACGACGAGUCGCCCGUCGAGGACGAGGAGGGAUACUCGGAGGAUGAGCCGUGGGACAACCGACCACUGCUCCAGCGCGGCGACUCGGAGAAUGUGUGA